AUCUGUGUUCCCAAAUGGACUUUCUCAUGAAUACUCCAUUAUUGCCACGUUCCGCCUCAGAAAAACCACAAAGAGAGAUCGCUGGUUUGUUCUGCAGAUCUUUGAUAAAAGUGGAGAUACACAGGUGUCAUUAAUAGUGGAUGGGGCUAAAAAAACAGUAGAGUUUUUAGCUCAGAGUUUUCUGAAGAACAGCCUCCUGUACAUCUUCAAGAACCGAGACCUACACGCCCUCUUCGAUCGACAGUUUCACAAGCUGGGCGUUUCUGUCGAGAGCAACGCCGUCUCCAUCUACCUGGACUGCAAAUUAAUCGAACGUCAGGUGACUGCUGAAAGGUCUGGCAUGGAUGCGAGCGGACGCACCUUCAUCACCACUCGAGUGGAGGACGGACGUCCAGUGGAUAUUGAGCUUCAAGAGAUUCUGAUCUUCUGUGAUUCUAGAAUAGCCGACCUGGACAGAUGCUGCGAUUCUCCUGGAGUUACGUGUGAACCUGUAGUGACCCACAACCCCACAGCGGCCCCGCUGGUCACAGGAUACCUCCACAGAAUGCUGUCCAUGCCAGCUCAGCUCCCCACCGACCGAUGCCACUGUCCCGCUCUGAAGGGGGAUCAAGGGCUUCCGGUUUUGGCAGGACAUUCUGGACAAAAGGGAGAUAAAGGAGACAUGGGUUUGAAAGGGGAUCCUGGACCUCAAGGUCUACCUGGUCUCAAAGGUGAUAAAGGGGAUCCAGGCACACCGGUUUCAGGAACAUUGUCGAUUGAAAAGCAAGAUCAAAAAGGAGACCAGGGUCCUCCAGGAGUUCCUGGAGAAAAGGGAGAUCCUGGCCUGCCCGGUCAACCAGGAGCACCAGGGAAAGAGGGCAAAAGGGGCCGGCGGGGAAAAUCAGGAGAACCGGGCACUCCAGGACCACCGGGUCCACCUGGUACAUGUGAUGCUGAAGCUGUUAAGGGGGUGAAGGGUGACCCGGGUGUCACAGGACUGGAUGGACAGAAGGGUGAUGGAGGGGACGCUGGUUUGACUGGCCUGGAGGGAGCCGGUGGAAUAAAAGGGCAAAAGGGUGAAGAAGGACCCAGAGGACCAGCGGGCCCCGUCAUGACAGCACAUGGACUGAGACUUCUUUCUGGACCUGGGGAAGGAGGUGAUAAAGGCCAGAAAGGAGAGAAAGGAGACCAGGGUGAAAAGGGUUCUGAAGGCUCACAAGGGCUACAGGGCAUUAGUGGAUUGCCUGGACUGUCAGGGACACCAGGACUUGAGGGAAAGGAGGGUCAGCCUGGUCCCAUUGGCCUCCGUGGUCUUCCUGGAGACCCGGGCUCUCCUGGUCAGCCAGGACUGUCGGGAAAAGACGGAAUGAAAGGAGAAAAGGGUGAUUCAGGCGGAGCACCGGGACUGAUAGGCCCCCAGGGCCUGAAGGGUGAACCUGGAGAGCCCUGCUCUGUCGGACUUUGCACUGGGGAGGAGGCCUUGUCUGGUCCACGGGGGUCACGGGGUCCUAAGGGUGAGCGAGGUGUACCUGGAGUACCAGGAGAUGCUGGAGAGAAAGGAGAACCUGGGAUUGGAAUCAUGGGACCCCCUGGUCUGAUGGGACCUAAAGGGGAAACAGGAUUUCAGGGUCCUCGUGGACCUGCAGGAACUGUUGGAUUGCCAGGAAAUAUGGGACCUCCAGGCCCACAAGGCAGACCAGGGCUGCCUGGACCUCCCGGAGAACCGACAGCACUACCCAUUGUGGGAGACAUGGGGACAUUACUGAAGAACGCCUGCAGUGUGUGUCAAACCAGAGUACCAGGACUACCAGGGCAGAAAGGAGAAAAAGGUUCCUCUGGAGCUCUGGGUAUCCCAGGAAUGGAUGGAGAAAAGGGGGAUCAGGGUCUGCGGGGCCCAGCUGGUAAUCCUGGAAAAGAGGGUCCGAAGGGAGUGAAGGGUGAGAGAGGCUUUCCUGGUCCAAUGGGGGACAAGGGUGAUGAGGGGACCCCGGGGGUGCCAGGAUUGCCUGGAUCCACUGGCCGUAUAGGUGCACCGGGACUUCUUGGCAGACCAGGACCUGUUGGCCCCGCAGGACCAAAGGGAGAACGGGGCAGCGAAGGAAUGCAAGGCAGACCCGGACCUCCUGGACCUCCUGGUGUGCCAAUUGCAGAGGGCAAUGGGAUGAGCAGUCUCUAUAAGCUUCAGAAUGGAGCGGCUAAUACAGGCCCACCAGGACCACCCGGGCCCUCUGGGCCCAAAGGAGAUGAAGGAAGGAUGGGUGAGCCGGGACUGAUGGGAUUACCGGGACUAGAGGGGCUGCCAGGUGCUAAGGGUGAUCCUGGGCUUCCUGGUUCUACUGGUGUUACUGGUCCUGUUGGAAAGCCAGGUCCGCGUGGUGAGACAGGGAUCCCUGGAGAGCCGGGAGAACGAGGGCCUCUGGGAGAGACUGGCUUCCCUGGACCCGAAGGGCCUCCUGGAGCCCCUGGAAGGCCGGGAAAAGAUGGAAUUCCAGGCUAUGAGGGAGCCACAGGCAGACCUGGAGACAGAGGCACUAAAGGAGAACGGGGAGAUCAGGGGAUUUCAGGAGAGAGAGGAGUCCAGGGAGAAAGAGGGAAAGCUGGAGACAGAGGGCCCAUUGGUCCUCAGGGGCCGCCUGGUGAGAAAGGAGAACCAGGCUCACCUGGAUCUUCAACAACACCGGGGACCGUCAAUCUGUUGGGUCCCUAUGUAGUGUGCACUGCUCCACUAGGCAUGGGAUACCUGUUGAAGUUCACUUCACUUAACAAAAUGCGUUCAUUCAGAACAUCCUGCAAUGUUAUCAAACACAGAUGA